AUGCCAGGAAUCCCCAACCCUGAACCACUUGACAAUAACCCCUCCCGACUGUGCAAGACUCUAUGGCAUAUGGGGGCCUUCUUCAUUCCUUUCUUCCUGACGGCGUUCUUAGCUGGUAUCCCUAUGUACUUCAUGGAACUGGCCCUGGGCCAGUACUUCAGUGUCGGGGGACUGGGCAUCUGGAAGAUCAGUCCAAUAUUCAAAGGUGUGGGAUACGCUGCGGCCGUGAUGGCGGCGUGGCUCAACGCCUACUACAUCGUCAUCCUUGCGUGGGGUCUGUUCUACCUGUGUUGUUCCUUCACGUCCCAGUUGUACUGGUCGCACUGUGGAAACUGGUGGAACACCCAGCAGUGUCUGUCGGAGUACGACUUCCACAAACUCCCCUUCAACUGCACAAACGAGACAACCUGGUUUGAGGUCAACAUCACGUCAACUCUCAACUCCUCCACCGUUCUCAACAUGUACUCCGACUACAACUGCACGCAGACGUACGACGCGGAUCGCUUUAACUCACCGGUCGAAGAAUUCUGGUUUCGGUACGCUCUGCAGAUUACAGAUGGCAUAUCGUCUCCCGGUCGACUGAGAUGGCAACUGGCCCUCACUCUGUUGACGAUGUGGAUCCUCUGCUACUUCUGUAUAUGGAAAGGGGUCAAGUGGACAGGCAAGGUGGUGUACUUCACAGCGUUGUUUCCGUACGUCGUCCUGUUUAGUCUCCUCAUCCGGGGACUCACUCUGCCCGGCGCCAUGGACGGUAUCAGGUUCUACAUCUUCCCAGACAUGGCCAGACUUAAGGAGUCGCAGGUGUGGAUAGAUGCGGCAUCCCAGAUCCUCUUCUCCUACGGUCUGGGACUUGGCACCAUGAUAGCCCUUGGGAGCUACAACAAAUUCCACAACAACGUGUACAAGGACGCCGUCCUCAUCUCCUGCCUCAACAGUUCCACCAGCGUCUUCGCCGGCUUCGUCAUCUUCUCUGUCGUCGGCUUCAUGGCGCACGAGCAGAAGAAACACGUCAGCAAAGUGGCCGCUGGGGGUCCUGGCCUGGCGUUCCUUGCAUACCCGUCGGCGGUGACACAGCUCCCAAUCUCACCUCUCUGGUCCAUCCUGUUCUUCUCUAUGUUGAUCAUGCUGGGCAUGGACAGUCAGUUCUGUACCAUGGAAGGGUUCUUUACGGCUCUGAUUGACGAGUUCCCGCACAAGCUCCGUAAACACCGAGAACUAUUUAUAGGAUUCGUGUGCUUUGUGUCGUAUUUAAUUGGACUUUCUAUGGUGACGGAGGGAGGCAUGUACGUGUUUACCAUCUUCGACACCUACGCUGCCAGCGGGAUGGGACUGCUCAUCCUGAUAUUCUUCGAGUGCAUAGCGGUGUCGUGGGCCUACGGUAUAAACAACUUCUACGAGAAUCUGAGAGAGAUGCUGGGAUAUUACCCCAGCGUGUUUUGGAAGGUGGCCUGGUGUGUAACCACUCCCGCCAUUACGUUGGGCGUGACAAUAUUCACCAUGUCAUCCUUUAAACCAGUGAAGUACAUUGAAUACGAAUUCCCCACGUGGGCUCACGCAGUCGGGGCCCUGUUGGCGUUGUCGUCUAUAGGGAUCAUCCCUGUGUAUGCUGUGUUCAAGAUCAUCGUCACCCCCGGGCCCUUACGGCAGCGACUGAAGCAGCUGUUUCGCCCCGGCAUUACCUCGACACGCCCCGACGCCCCUCCCCCCGUACUCCUCCAUCCCGCUGGGCACAACCGACGGCGUCGCUCGUCUUUGAUGAAUGGCUAGUAUAGUGAACACUGCAUUGAUGACGAUGACAUUACGUCACAGGUCACGUGUCUGUAUCCACCAAUCAUGUGUCAGAGAGUAUGGUCAGGCAUGUUCAGUGCUCAAGUCACUUUUUUUCUCGACUAGUUUUUGAAAUUCUGAAAUUGAUGGGUUCCAGCACCGACAUUUGGAUGUACGAAAAGACUCACGUUUUGUGUCCAAAGGUUCUUGGAUUGUGGAUAUGCAUGAAAAACGAAGACAGAGGUCAAGAGAUGCAGUGUCAUGCCAAGUCGUCCAGUUUUCUUCGAGCGUCGGGAUUCGUGUAUCUGUGGAAAUGGACAAAACCUAGUAAUUUCUUUCUUUUUGGUGAAUUUAAAUGCUUUAUGUAGCGGGAGAAAGUCCUAUUUCUGUCCACACCGACACAACGGAAACAUGACGGCGUCUUGUCAAGGUCAUGAUCUCAAGGUCACAUGGAACGCAAGCAACGAAGCCUGUGAUUGGUCGACCUCUAGAUUAACGUAGAACCUCAUCAGUGUAACUACUGUGAUUUUGCUGACAACGGACGAACUGCUUGUAGCGUAUAUUAUAUAUAUUACGGUAACCUUAUCUGUUUUCUUGGUAGUGCACAGCUGUUGACACCAAAGUUGAAAAUAUCGUCUUUCAAUUAAAUGUAGAAACUCACAUUUUAGUUUUAGUUCAAGUGACUAUGGGUUGUUGUGUUUGAGAAGGUAGGACAGACGAAUCUGCAUUUACAUAUUCCGUCUUAAUAAAUUAUUCCUUCUAUUGUCAUAGCAAUACACGAUGCGACAUCCAACAAGGAUGCCAUGUCGGAGAGCUGAUAUGCAUCAUUGUAUAGCAGUUAGGUUCAUGUUUAACACUUCUUGGCGGUUUGUUUACAUUUCGAAGAUUUUUUUACAAUUCCGUUGUGUACUUUUAUACCUUGUUGCCUCGUGGUUGUAUUCUUGUCAACUACGAAAUAUUCCAUGUUUCUAUGACAACUCGUUUUUCACUAUUGUCAGUGUGAUAUUGAUUGUUAUCAUCAUAUUGUGACAGUUAGCCAAUAGACGGCUUUUGGAUAUAUGGUUGUGAUGACGCCAAGUGCCCUGUGUAGUGUGAUCGUAGAGGAUUUCUAAAUUUGAAAUUUAAUCAACUUUUUUAUAUAACAUGUUGAAAGCCCAUGUAUGUAUUGAUUGUCGUCAGGGUAUUUUCACAUACGAGCGAAUUACGUAUAUGAUAGCAGAUGCCAAUUAGUGGAUAUUAGUUUCUGAUUAGUACGGUACUUCAGACUCCUACCCGUAUGCGUGCUGCUUCCACUACGGCGGUUACGUCAUGCACGUAGUCAUGUGAUUUAUUUGUACUCUAUGUAAAGUGGUGAUGUAUAUAUUCCUAAUUACUAGUGUCCUUUC